GUGCAAAAUAAGCUUUAAGUUGCAUAACUAUCACGAGUUGGAGUAAAAAAAGAAUACAGCUAGAUGCCGUACUGCGUCUACCUCGCUAUCACGCGUGCGCUUCUAUGCAUCGCUAUGACUUCUCAAUACAUAGUUACUAAUCGUCGUAAGCCUCAGAUGUUAUGGCUGUGGCACACCGUUACACAGAGCACGCCAUUUUUCCCUGACCCUUCGGAACUUUGGUCUAGUUAUAGACAGUAAAGCAAUCAUUGGAUAACCAUUAUCAAUUAAUAGGGAUGUUGCUUUAGUUGCACGAAGCUUACGAAGCUUACGUGCAUGGGACGUUAACUGGAAGGCCUAAAGGGACUAUCUUAGAUUGAUUAUAUAAUCCGCAUUCGUAGUAAUGGCGACAAGGGAGCAAGCAGGUGCUGGGGCAUCGAAGGAUCAAUGGAGGGAAAAGGCCAUGCAACUAUUUAAGCGACAUGACAUGAACGGUGACGGUUUGCUGGACCCUCGGGAGAUGGCGUCAGCAGUCAACGAGCUUUGCGGCACCCAUGGCCUCAGCGUGAAAAGCCUAUCCGCCGCGCUGGGUCUGGAGUCCAAGCUGGAGAACGGCGCCUACCGCUUCACGCCCGUGGAGUUCAGCGAGCUCUACCGGCGGGCGGUGCUCAUGUCGGAUGCGGGAGGAGGAGGAGGAGGAGGCGGAGGAGGAGGAGGAGGGGAGCCGGGAGGAGGCGGAGGCGGUGGAGGAGGAGGAGGAGGAGGAGGGGGGCUGGCGUUGGGAGGACGCGGCAUGGACCGGCUGAUGGGGCAGGCGGUGGAUGCGCUGAGAGAUCUUGACGCCCGCACGGAGGCUUCCCUCCGCCAGUGCUUCAACAACUACUGCCGGCUGGUGCUGGGGGCGGGCGGGGCGACGGGGGCGGGCGGCAGCAGCAGCAGCGGCGCCAACAAGCUGCUGCUGGACGGCGACAUGCGGCUGAGUGCGGCGCAGUGGAGCCAGCUGGGGGCGGAUGUGGGGCUGGCGCAGCCCGUGGGUCCCGUCUCCCCCCAGGACCUCUCCAACAUCUUCUCCGCCGCCGCCCAGCGCUCCCCCGCCCUCACCUUCAAGCAGUUCCUCACCGCCCUCGCCCUCAUCUCUCACGACCUCACCACCCUCUGCAACCACAUGGUGGCGCAGCUGGGGCCGCAGAUGCGACCCCGGGGGGCGGGGGCAGGAGGAGGUGCAGGGGGAGGGGGGCUAGGAGGCGAGGCGCCGCCGCAGCCCGCCUGCUUCCCGCUGCGAAACGUGGACUUGAAGGCGGCGGCGGCGGCUCAGGCGAAUUGGGGCGCAGCGAGUGGGAUGCUGGCGGCGGCGAAUGCGUUUGCCAGGGCGGCGGGAGGAGGAGGUGGAGGUGGAGGAGGCGGUGGAGGAGGCGCGUUUUCCAUCGAAAUCGAGGAAAGCCUGCGAGGCGGCGGAGGCGGCAACCGUCUAACCAACAGCGGCCUCGCCUCCCCCGGCCUAGCCCUUCGCUCGCCCGUCUCCCCCUCCCCCGCCACCGCCCCCCUGCCCUCCCCUUCCUCCUCCCUCCCCUCCGGCCCCCCCGAGCCGCUCGCACCGCUAGUCGGCGGCCCCCUCACCGCCAAGCUGGGUGGGGGGGCCGGUCUGAUGCGGAGCUCCCUCACCUCGCUGGGAAACCCGCUGGGAGGGGCGGGGAUGGUGGGGGCGGCGGCAGCAGGAGGAGGAGGAGGGCUGGGCGGGGUGGGCAGGGGAGGCAGCUCGGGCGGUGGUGCUGCUGGGAAGGGCCCCCUGGGCGAGCUGUCCUCCGCCCAGCUGUUGCUUCUGGACCGCCUGGCCGCAGCGGAGGCGCGCAUCUCGCAGCUGGAGCAGGCGAGGGAGAGGGAGCGGGAGACGGCGGCGGGAGGAGGAGGAGCGGGAGGGGGUAAUGGUGCGGGGGGUGGUGCUGCUGCGGCGGCGGCUGCAUCCUCUCCGCAGGUGGCGGCGUUGGAGGCCAAGAUAGCGGCUCUGGAGGCGGAGCUCUCCCGUCUGUCCCCCUGCUCCGAUCUCCCCCACCAGCUGUCUCUGCUGCGGGAGGAGGUGGCGG